CCUAAUUGGAGUCGCUCGGCUAGAUUUCCAGGUCGACGAGAACGUUUUCGGCAAAUUUCGGGUAAUUUAUCUGCUGUGGACUAUAUUUCACGUAACAAAACAAAAAUUGAGAAAAUGUCGGCUGAACAAAGACAAAAACGACGAAAUCAACCGCAGAUACAGGAGAAAAUAAAGCCGAAAGAUGCUCAAAUCUGCUCAGUGAGACGUCGGGACUCGGUCUUUUGUACGAGUUUGGGUAGUCCUGGUAAAGAAAAUAACGCUCGAAGACGAAGAAGUUCUACUGGUUCUGUGCAUAACGCAGAGAAUUCUGAAUCUGAGACUAUUUCGUGCGCAUGGGGUACAGUAAUUGUGCUUUCCGUGGCUCAAACGAAGCUGGUCAGACUGCUCGUGGCUUCAUCUGUGCUUCAUCGGCUUCGUAAAGCCCAGGAAAUGCGCUACAAACGCCUUACUUUUGAGUCCUGGACACAAGUUCGUAGUCGAGAUGCCAUGCGCUCUUUAGCCGCAGCAUUAAUAGCUCGCAGUACGUUCCGCUUCCGCUUGAGUCUAAGAGUACAACAAAAAAUUCGAGCUGCGAAGCUGCUAAGGAUGUUCCUUUCGGGUCUUUCGUUCGACGUUCGAUUCGCGAUGGCGGUUCGCAGAAUGCAGCGACGGAUUAUGUUACUGCAGCGUUGGUGGCGUCAUGCUCGGCUUGUUGUACGUGCUAGAGAGCAAUGUCUGGCGUAUAAGUGGUUGGCUGUUGAGCAACGUUUACGAAUGGAAGCGAUUGCUCAGAUGCCGCAUCUUCAGCGAAUUUUCCAUCCCCCUUCAGUUCCAUUUACUCCUCGCGUGUCUAGUGCCUCGACAAAAAGAAAAACAUCAACAAUUAGUACUAUGACAGCGGAAGCACCAGUCCCACUACACAAAUUGCUGUAUUUACCGGAACAAAAGCGUUGGUUUAACGCCCGAUUCGUGUUGGGUCCUGAUGGAUUUCUUCGUGGCUACGCAGUCCCUGAUUCUGAUGCUGAGAUCCCAGAGAAUACUGGAGAAUGUCUAGUAGUUGAGGUGAAACACUUUCGAUGUCACGCUCAUGGUUUUUCGAAUGUAUAUUUGGGUUCGACCCAUGCAGAGGAAGAAGGUGAGAGUGAUACUAGGCCUUACUUGAUGGUGUUCAAACCUGGUGCCAGUCGCUUCGUGCUGAUUACAGACACAACAAGUCUAAUCCUUGCACCAUUAAUGGAUUGGAAAGAGAAACUCGAACGAGUUGCCGGAUACUCUAACGGUGUAUCAUACUCGGGUAGUGGAUCUCAGAGUGAUAUCGCGGAUAUGCUAUCGCAAACGGAAAAUUUGGGUUUAGACGACCCCGACGAAGAGCCUGUAGUGCAAAUUUCACACUCGCGCAGAAUGAGUAUUUCAAAUAAUGGUGAACGAUCAGGAUCGAUAACACCAGGCCGCAGACGUAGUAGUCAUUGUGCCCUGCGUCGAAGCAAUAUGCUUCAGCCUAUAGCAGAAGGAAACUUGUCGUACUUCGUCGUGGAUUUGCUACGUGACUGUCCUCGUAUACCAGCGCCGAUUGUUUGGAAUGCAAUUCGUGAUAAACUGCGAGAAGAACGCAAGAACUUCCGAUCCGAUAUAUACCGCUUUAAACUCGAGAUCGCUCGAUACCAGCAGCACGAGCACGAACGGCGACAACUUGUCGUGCUGGACAAAUUCAAGGAAUUCUUCACGAUGGAGCGGCCUCGUCGUCCACAUUUCCGAAGUCUCAUCUCGAAUCGGAAAAUGGAAGCGCUUGUUCGAGAAACCAUGGAGUUUGUGAAAACUACGCAACCUUCUAACCCAAAAAUCCUGCUACCAUCGUAA